AUGGAACUUCUGACUUUCCUCAUCGACCUCCUCGGCGUUGAAUUGCAAGCUACCUCCUACAUCAUUCCGGAAAAUCCAUGCCCAGACCAGGUUCCAAUUACUCAGUCUGACCGCUUCGCACUAAAAGCUAACCCUGCAGUUCCAACCGACGAGAAAGAUCGGGAGAGAUGCGUAUGGUGGAAGGCCAAUAAACGGGCAUAUGGAAUUCUCGGUCAACUGUUCCACCGCUUUGUAAAUCCCUCUCAGCUCCCGUCACCAAUACAGAACGAGUAUGGUGUAUUUGCAGAGCACUUUGUGACUGCCUUCGCUCCCGAAAUCUUUAAGGUGUACCUCCACCAGGUCGAGUCGAGCUAUAUGUUUCACGCAGCUGUGCAUUAA